GGAGAGAAGCGUGUUAAACCAGACUCAAUUUUGCCUCACACGUGUCAGUCUCCUAUCUGUCUCUUCCGCUUCUUUUAUCCCCUUCCUCUCGCUCCCUCUCUUCUCCUGUCUAUCACUACUCGCUGCUCACUGAAUGGAACAAUCAGAAAACGGACAACUGGAGCGAGUCGACUCAGUUCCAUACUCGGAGCUAGCUUCAACAAGCUCUGGCUUAUCUUCAAUACUUAGCACAGAGGAUUCUCAAAGUGUUACUAGCUCCGGAGACAUCUCUACCAUUAGUGGUAGCCCUGGCGAGAUUCCAGCCUCGGUGGUGGUAGAUGCAGUGGUACCGAGAUAUGGGGGGGCCUCAAGGGAGGAGGAGCUCACCAUGACGGUACCGGUGACGGUAAGGGAAAAGUGUGUGGGCCGGAGAAAUAGAAGAGUGAGCUGGGGGUUCGCAUCGGUGAUUGGGAGACGACGGGAGAUGGAGGAUGCCGUUGCCGUUGUGCCGGAAUUUAUUUCAUGCACGUGCGAUCGCGUGGGAGGAUGUACGGCUCCUGGUUCUACAACUUCCGCCGAGAUCUCGCCUAUCCAUUUCUUCGGGGUCUACGACGGUCAUGGUGGCUCGCAGGUGGCUAACUAUUGUAAAGAUAGAAUGCAUGAAGUUAUAGCAGAAGAAUUUGAUCGUGAAACAAUUGAUGGAUAUGAAUGGCAAAAAAGGUGGGAAACUACCUUUUCCAAUGGUUUUGAAAGGACUGACAAUGAGGUAUUGGCAGAGGCAUCAGAAAUGGUUGGAUCCACCGCAGUAGUGGUGGUUUUAUCCGGUUGCCAGAUUAUUACAUCAAACUGUGGUGACUCAAGGGCACUGCUUUGCCGUACAACUCAGAUUAUCCCUUUAACUGUUGAUCAUAAGCCAGAUAGACAAGACGAGCUCAUGAGAAUUGAAGGAGGGGGAGGAAAAGUGAUAAACUGGAACGGUGCUAGAGUAUUUGGAGUCCUUGCUAUGUCCCGAGCAAUAGGUGACAGGUACUUAAGGCCAUGGAUAAUUCCAGUGCCUGAGAUCAGUUUCAUGACAAGGAGCGAAGAAGAUGAAUGCUUGAUAUUGGCAAGCGAUGGUCUUUGGGAAGUGAUGAGCAAUGAAGAGGUUGGGGAGAUAGCUCGCCGGCUAUUAAGAAGGUGUCGCAGAACACUAAUGGUAUCUGAUGAUGAAAUAUUGCCUGCGCAAGCUGUGGCUGAUAAUCUCACUGAAAUAGCUUAUGGAAGAAAUAGUUCUGACAACAUUUCUGUAAUUGUUGUUGAUCUAAAACACAAGAUAAGACGCCAAGUCAGACAGUAAAUAAGCAGGGAAUAGUAAGUCAAUUUCUCUUCCUCUUCUUAUUUUCCAUCAAAUCUAGUGUUAGUAAUAUUGUCUCUAAUCCUUUUUCAAUCAGAGGCAAUGAUUUCCUUCUGAUAUUCACACAAUCGAUAGCCACUGUCAACUAUAUGCAGUAUAGAGCUUGACUGGCAACCGACUGUUGUUUUUGCAAGAAGGCUAAAUCAGUCCUUACCUGCAUUUGGUUUGGGCUAGAAACAAACUAACUUGAAGAAAUAUAUUUACAAAGAAAAAACAAAAAAAUGCCAAGAAGAUAAUAUAUAUAUAUAUAUAUAUUUUUCCCUUGUGAUAAGCAUCAUUAAUUUUUGCUUCUUUCUACCAAUGGACGGUAUGUUUUUCAUUUGGGUUUCUUCUUUGUAUUUGUGAGGAAGGUGAAAUUUUUGUGUCAAUCAUGUUGCUUGUUUGAUUUAAAAAAUAAAGAUUUUUCUUGGGAGACU